UGUUCUACGUAACGAUCAAGGAAUUAGCUUUUUUAACAGAGCGUGGAUUAGCUGGAUUAAAAAGGAAUUUCGUUUGAUUUAGUGAAUUAUAUUUCAAAGUGUUUUAAUAUAACAAGUUUGGAAUUUAAAACAUAAUAAUAAAAAUAAAAAUUGUGUGCUCGAAAAAACAACUCUAAUAAUCAAUACAAUGGGUUCUAUGCCAAGAAUAUCAGUUGUUAAGGGUCAGCAACAACAUUUGAGUCCUAGACCACUCUACAGAAUUUUUGAAGAAAAUUUAAUAUUACAUCAUGCUGAGAAGACGGCACUCAUUUUUAAUGAUAACCUCGGCACUAACACAAUACAAACUCCUCGCCUUACCAGUUAUGAUCAAAUGAAUCGUAGUGCAAAUCAAUGUGCACGUUUGCUAGUUAACCGAAAUUGCUUUGCUCAAUCCAACAGUGAUGGUGACUAUAUAAUUGCAGUUUGUAUGCAGCCAUCAGAUGCUUUGGUAAUAACAUUGUUAUCAAUAUGGAAAAGUGGUGCCGCUUACUUGCCAAUCGAUCCUUCCUUCCCCGCAAAUCGUAUACAACAUAUAUUACAGGAGGCUCGACCAAUAUUAGUUAUACAUGAUGACAACAUUGCUGAAUCCAGAUUUGGUUUAACGCCUACAAUAAGCGCCUCAGAAUUAUUCAAUAAAUCAGCUGAACUCGACCAUGCCAAUUUGUUACCCGAAGAAAUGUUGGGAGGAAGUAAUACAAAUCUAGCAAUUGUGCUAUAUACAUCAGGUAGCACAGGUAUUCCAAAAGGUGUACGAUUACCACAUGAUGUUAUUUUGAAUCGUUUGCAGUGGCAAUGGAGAGUUUUUCCAUAUACUACUGAUGAAAAAGUGGGAGUAUUUAAGACUGCACUCACUUUCGUUGAUUCCGUUUCUGAACUUUGGGGUCCCCUUAUGUGUGGUCUCGCUAUUUUAGUUGUACCGAAAGCUAUUACCAAAAAUCCUGAAAAACUUGUAGACAUUUUGGAAAUGUAUAAAAUACGUCGAUUGGUCCUUGUACCGACAUUGUUGCGUUCAUUACUUAUGUAUUUAAACUUGGGUAAUAAAAGAAAUCAAAGUACAAAAUUAUUGUACAACCUUCAGAUUUGGGUGUGCUCUGGUGAGCCACUGGCACAUUCGUUAGCGCUGAACUUUUUUGACUAUUUUGAGGAAGGAGUGCACACACUUUUUAAUUUUUAUGGUUCAACUGAAGUCAUGGGGGAUGUUACGUUUUUCACCUGCGAAAGCAAAAAACAACUAUCUUCCUACGAUCGUAUUCCUAUCGGUAUCCCGAUUUAUAACACUGUUUUAUACCUGCUUGACUCAGAUUACAGACCUGUAAAGAAUGGCGAUAUCGGAGAAAUAUUUGUGGCAGGCUUAAAUUUAGCAAAUGGUUACGUAAAUGGACGUGAUCCCGAACGAUUCAUCGAUAAUCCCUUGGCAAUGGAGUUAAAAUAUUCCCGUAUUUACCGAACUGGUGACUAUGGAUCCUCACAGAACGGUUGCAUUAUGUAUGAAGGACGCACAGAUUCUCAAAUAAAAAUACGUGGUCAUCGUGUUGAUUUGUCCGAGGUGGAAAAAAUUGUAUCUGAGCUGCCUAUUGUUGAUAAGGCCAUUGUUUUAUGCUACCAUGUAGGACAAGUCGAUCAAGCCUUAUUGGCGUUCGUCAAGUUAAAUGAGAAUGCACCAUUGCUAAAUGAGUUACAAAUUGAAGCCAAACUGAAAGAUAAACUUGCCGAAUAUAUGACUCCACAAAUUGUGCUUAUUGAGCAUGUGCCCCUACUUGUUAAUGGAAAAGUCGACAGACAGAGUUUAUUAAAAAUGUAUGAAACUGCAAAUAAUAACGAAGGUGAUAACAGUAUUGUGCUUGACUAUGAUUAUUCUUUGGUUCCUGACGAACUUAAACCGGCUGCACGAGACUUGUUCGAAACAGUUGGUCAAGUUAUUGGUCGUUCCACACGUGCUACUCUAGCGCUGCAAAGUAACUUUUACAACUUGGGUGGUAAUUCUUUAAACUCUAUAUUCACGGUAACAUUAUUGCGUGAAAAAGGAUAUAGUAUUGGUAUAUCUGAGUUCAUUGCUGCAAAAAAUUUAGGAGAAAUACUAGAGAAAAUGGUAACAAAUAGUAAUAAAUCAACCGAUGAAGAUUGGGUUACCGCUUGUCCUCACUUAAAUAUGGAAGCAAUUCCACUGAAUGAUUCGCACAAAAAUGAUGUUAUUCAGAUUAUAGUCGACAGUUUCUACGGUAAAGCCGAUUUGGAACAGUGGCUUAAGCCAGAUAUUUUACGUACAGACUAUAGCGAUCUAAUACAGGACAUAUGGAAGCCAUUAGUAGAAAAAAAUCUAAGUUUUGUUGUGCGUGAUAGAAAUACUAAUAGAAACAUUGGUGUUGCACUUAAUUUCGAUGCACGAGAUGAACCAGAGGUAGAAGUUAGAUCCAAACUAAUUAUAGUAUUUGAAUUCUUAGAAUUUUUGGAAGGACCAAUAAGGGAUAACCAACUUCCAAAGGGUCAAAAUCAAAUUUUACAUUCUUUCAUGAUGGGUACACAUGUGGAGUUAAAUGCACGGGAAAACAUCGCUUGUAUGCAUUUCAUGGAAGAUGAAGUACUAAAGGUAGCCACAGCACAUAAAUUUGCUGGUAUUUUAACAACAAAUACAAGUCCGUUAACACAGCAAUUGGGUAAUGAUGUCUAUCACUAUAACAUGUUACUAGAUUAUCAAGUGAAUGAGUAUGUCUACAAUGAUGGAACGCGUCCAUUUAGUAACGCACCUGACACACAACGAGCCAUAGUGCAUUGGCGAGAAAUAGGGUCAUCACAAUAAUCACUCACAAAAGAUUUCAAAUUAUGCUUUAACCAACAUUGACUAGGGCUAACACACUUAGAGCAAUUCGAAUUUGUAUUUAAAUUAAUUAUUAAUGUUAAGAAAGCACAAUCAAAAUUAUUGAAAAGUGCAAGUACCUGUUAUACAUAAUUUAGUAGAUUCCUAGUUUCACUUAAAACAUUAAUUGUGUUAUGUGUUAUUUAAUUGUAAGUCGACGUGUAUCGUUUUGAUAGUAUUAUUUUAAUAAACUUUAGUAUGUUGUCAACAAAUAUA